AUGACGAUAUAUUUGUCAACUUGAUUUUGUCUUUCAUCUUUCUUCUUCUUCUUAAAGUUUCAUUUUCAUCAGAAGCAAUUCAGUUUCAAGAGGAAUUAUGGGUCAUUUUUGGACUUUGAUUUGUCAUCUUCAUACUCUUGCAGGGCCAGUGACGAUGUUGCUCUAUCCUCUGUAUGCAUCAGUAGUAGCAAUUGAGACUCCUGACAAGUUGGAUGAUGAACAGUGGCUUGCUUAUUGGAUUUUUUAUUCUUUUCUUACACUUAUGGAGAUGGUCCUUCAACAUGUUCUUGAAUGGAUACCAAUAUGGUAUGAUGUGAAGUUGAUAUUUGUGGCAUGGCUAGUUCUGCCUCAGUUCAGAGGAGCUGCUUUUAUAUAUGAUAAUUUUGUAAGGGAAAGGAUAAUCAAGAGAUAUAGAGAAUCAUCACAACACCAUAACAAGUGUCCUAAAGGCAAAUCCAAGACAGAAUCAUCACAACACCAUAACAAGUCUCCUAAAGGCAAAUCCAAGACAAAGUUUGUGCACUUCAUCACUCCCAAAAAGGGAGAGCAUGAAGCUUACUGAAGAAUGACGAUUCAUGAAGUGCCACAACACGGAUUAACUAACUAUGUUAAUUAACAAGGAUAAUAUUGUAAAGUAUUUGGCUUUUACCUUAAUGUAUGAUGUGCAAUUUUUAAUUUGCUCCCUCUUUGUAAUUUUGGACAUGAAUUAAACUUUGUACUAUAGACAAACCUACUUUUGAUCA